AUGGACCAGGCGCGGACCAAGUUCAAGAUCACACGCAUGGACCUAUACGAGGCCCAACCCCAACCGCCUGGUUGCAACCAAGGCUACAGCCAAUUUUGGAUCCUAUUUUCGCAGACGGAAAAGUUCUGUGAGAUCUUUCUUGUUGUGGAUAGUCAUGGCAAUAUUCAUUCUAGGAAUAUGGUGAUAACGGAGGAUGAUGACCCAGCGAGAGCAAUCUGGAUUGAAGAGCUUCAGCAGGAGUGGGUUGACUUCGAGAAGCUCCUUGUUCCUGAGAUGGCUGAGGACAUAGUGGGUGCGGUUGACAUCCUCCCUCACCCGAAGAGUUCCACCCACACCAGCUACAAGUAUCUUCUGGUCAUGUACAAGGAAAUGAUGCUGCUCGGCUUUGGACAAGUUGAUAGCAUGGGGUAA